AGUAGUUCAAUAUGCAGUAAUGCUAUGUAGUAAUUACUGUAUUUAUGAAUUUAGCACCAAAAUAUCACAAUGUAUUGAAAACAUUGACUACAAAAAUGCGUUGGAUAAUCCAGAAUGUUGGAUAAGCGAGUGUUGGAUAUUACAACAUAUCAUGACUGCGUAUUGAACUACUUUUUCUGUCAAAUUUGUUGUAUAACAUGAUGUUUUGGUGCUUAAUUUGCAAAAUCAUAACCUAAUUUGAUGUUUAAUAGGCUUUUCCUUAAUCCCUCCUUAUUAUCCAACAUAUCUGCUUAUCCAACAUUCUGCCGGCCCGUUUAGCUUGGAUAAGGGAGACUCUGCUGUAUAUAGGGGCCGGGCUGUGGCGCAGGCUGUUGAGCAGCUGCAAUAAAUCACUCUGACCAUGAGGUCAUGAGUUCGAGGCCAGCCCGUGGCGGGGUGAGCACCCAUCAAUUAAAAAUAAAAAUAUAGCCCCUGCUCGUUGCUGACCUAGUAACCCGAAAGAUAGUUGCAUCUAUCAAGUAGGAAAUAAGGUACCACUUAUAAAAAAGUGGGGAGGCAAGUUUAACUAAGUUACGACCUGGAAUGAGGAAGUGCCAUCAGAGUGGAUGAUGAAGCAGCUGCUCCCCCCUGUGGCCAGAAUCGAACAUCCCCUCAGGAGAAGGUUAAAUUGCCUCUGCGUCUGUCUUUGUCUCUGUCUGAUGUUUAUUGAAUGUUUGCCCUAUGUGUGUAUAAUGUGAUCCGCCCUGAGUCCCCUUUGGGGUGAGAAAGAAGGGCGGAAUAUAAAUACUGUAAAUAAAUAAAUAAAUGUGUGUAUAUAUAUCUAUAAAUAUAUACAGUACUAGCUGUGCCCGGCCACGCGUUGCUGUGGCGAAGUAUGGUGGUAUGGGAAAUAAAGUAUUGAGGAAUUGGUGGUAGUUAAGGUAAAGGGUAAAGGUGUGGAGUCCAGAUAAUCCAGUUAAAGCAGAUAAUAUAAGAUUAUAAAUGGGUUAUAUAGCUGUGUGGAAGGGCCUUGAGUCUACACCAGGGGUCUUCAAACUUUUUAAGUGGAGGGCCGGUUGAUGGUCCUCAGACUGUUGAGGGGCCAAAUUAUCAUUUAAAAAAAUACAAACAAAUUCCUAUGCAUACUGCACAUGUCUAAUUUGUAGUAUAACAACAACAACAACGAAAGAAUACUUUUAAAAAAAAUUAACCAACAUAAACCUAUUGGGAUUUCAAUGGAAAGCGUGGGCCUGCAUCUGGCCAAUGAGAUAGUCAAGUUAAUUAGGAUUGUUGUGUGCCUUCAAGUCAUUUCAGACUUUGGGCAAGCCUAAGUCUAAAACUGAGGGCGGGGGCCAGGUAAAUGACCUUGGAGGGCCGUAUCUGGCCUCCGGGCCUUAGUUUGGGGACCCCUGGUCUACACUGCCAUCUAAUCCAGUUAAAAUCUGAUAAUGUGUAUUUUAUAGGCAGUGUGGAAGAGGCCUAAGUGAGGCCUAACUCUGCCUGUGCCCUGGGCUGAGUGGGUUGCUAGGAGACCAAGUGGGCGGAGCUUAGCCUUCUAACUGGCAGCAAUUGGAUAAAAACAAUUAUUCCUCUCCCUCUAAUUAGGACUUUAUUUUUCUUUUCUUUUUGUUGUAUCAACCUAGAGCCGUGGAUGAUGGGUUGUGUUGUCAAAUUUCGAGGUUGUGGGGUGUUUAGUUUUGUUGUUUUGGCGGUCGCCAGGAUUCCAUCACUCUUUUAUAUAUAUAGAUUUGAUGGUCUGGCUUUUGUGUAUUUGUUUGUUUGUCUUGCAUGCGAAAGACCUAUGGUCUAAGUAAGCAUUAAAUAAAUUUGGAUUUUUUAAUAAAUACUGUAAAUAAAUAAAUAAAUAAAUGUGUGUAUAUAUAUAUAUCUAUAAAUAUAUACAGUAUAUGAAUGCACAGCCCUCCUUUGGGUUGAGAGGCUUCCUUCUCUGCCUCUCUUCCCCUUAUGACGCAAUAAUGACGCCCCUUCCCCUUUUGGAACAUUCCGCUCCCCCUCCUUUUUUUUGUAAAGUCCAGCGUUCCAUCUCGCUUCUCUGCCGUGGAUACCGAGAGCCGGCUGUAUAUAGAUAGAGAGAGGGAUCUCCGCAACCGCUUCUGUAGCUGGAGAAGGACGUCACCACCAAAGCCCCGCCCCCUUGUGUCCUUGUCCCCGCCCCCGGAAACUGAACUUUCUCACGCUCUCCUCCCUCCCUCCCUUCCUCCCUCCUCCUCCCCCGCCCCCGCCCCCGCCAAGCCCGUGAGGCACUCCAGGCUAUUGUGCGGCGCUCUGGGACUCUAGCAAGGAGACCGGCUUGAAGGUUGCUGAGAUGAAAAUGGAGGAACAAGACCCCAUGAGCAGCAUCUUAAGGAACGGCUUCGAGGGACCCUAUGUCCUGCAGGCCAGGAAUAUCGGCAUGUUCCCGCAGGAGAGACUGGAAGAGCGGAUUAAAAAGGAGAAAGACGAUGGCCACUUCCAGCGGUGGGAUCACCAAUGGCAUGAGUUCCUGGAGAGGGUUGAAUCGCCUUCUUCCGGAUGGGGAGGCCCGCCGUUCAUGGAGGAGGCCGCCCCGUGGGACGACACCAGGGCCUUCCUGGCCUCCUUCGAGCAAGUGGCCAAAGCCUGCCGGUGGCCCAAGGAGGAGUGGGCUGUCCGCCUCAUGCCUGCCCUUCACGGGGAGGCCGAGCAGGCCUUUCACAGCCUGGAGGCUCAAGACCGGGAGGAUUACGGGAAGGUCGAGGCGGCUAUCUUGCGCCAGGACACCCUCCGGAGGGAGAAGCAGCGGCAGCACUUCCGCCGGUUCUGCUACCGGGAGGUCGAGGGGCCGCGGGGGGCCUACAGCCAGCUGUGGGAGCUGUGCCGUGGGUGGCUGCGGGUGGAGAGGCACUCCAAGGAGCAGAUCCUGGAGCUGCUGGUCCUGGAGCAGCUGCUGACCAUCUUGCCUCGGGAAAUGCAGAGGUGGGUCCGGGAACACGGGCCGGAGACCUGUGCACAGGCCGUGGCCUUGGCCGAGGAGUUCCAGCUCCGGCAGCAAGAGGACGAAAGAGAGGACAAACAGAUGCUGACGCCAUUCGUGGAGAUGGCUGUGAGUUUCUCUGGUUGUUCAUCUGAUCUCCGGCCACAACUGCUAUGCAGGGAAACGAGACCAAGAAGCGAUGCUGUGCUUUUAAAUUACACGCAAAUUGGGGAAUGUGAAGAACAUAAGUAUCAGCCGGAGAGACCCAAGCCAGUGGAACCACCCAGAAAAACGGUUGGGGAGCUCUUUCCCCAGGUCCAUGGCCUUGAAGAGGAACAUGGAUCCCUGAGGCAGCUGAGAGACCAUUGCUCUCGGAUGGCGGGAGAGAGGCCAAUCUCCUUUGCGCCUGACAAGGAGGCCUUAAGCGACACCCAUGAGUGGCCAAAGUCAGCUUUGCACGCUGGGACUGAGGAAGCUUUCAAACAGGGUCCUGGUUUCCAUAUAUGUGAGAAAGCGGACAGCCAGGAGGGUCCCUUCCAGUGUGCGGAGUGUGGGAAAAUGCUCAGCCGCAAGGACCACCUGAAGCGACACCAGCGGAUCCACACGAGGGAGAACAAAGCGCACCCGUGUUCGUAUCCCGACACGUGCUUCCCGCAAAGGCCGGACCUCGUUUUCCACGAGAGGCUCCACUCGGGGGAGAAACCGCACAUGUGCUCUGCCUGCGGGAAGGACUUCAGAAGUACUUGUCAGCUGAUGGUUCACGAACGCAUCCACACCCGGGACAAGCCGUUCAAGUGCUCCGCUUGCAGCAAGGGCUUCAGCCAGAAGGCCAACCUGGCGGUCCACGUGAGGACGCACACGGGGGAGAAGCCCUACAAGUGCUCCGUCUGCGAGAAGACCUUCAUUCAGAAGUCCCACCUGAUGAAGCACGAGAGGAUCCACGCCAGGAAGAAGACCUGCAACUGCUUCGCCUGGAAAGAGCUUCCCAUGGAAUGAGCCGCUCUUUGCAAGAGGCGGAAGCGUUACGCAAGUCUUCCGUGUGAAGAACGAACCUCGUUUCUAACGCAUAACUUGCUUCUCAUGCAAGGCUCGAUUCUAGGGAAAAAUGGAUAAGUGCUUCCUACAUGAGAGAUUUUCAACCGUAGUUUUCUCCGUAUCAGACAAUCCACAAAGAGGAAAAAUAUAAAAAAUAUGUUGUUGAGGGUCAGAAUCACUGGGUUGCUGUGAAUUUUUCAGGCUGUAUUUAUUUAUUUAUUUAUUUAUUUUAUUUACAGCAUUUAUAUUCCGCCCUUCUCACCCUGAAGGGGACUCAGGGUGGAUUACAUUACACAUAUAGGCAAACAUUCAAUGCCUUUUAACAUAGAACAAAGGCAAGACAAACAUAGGCUCCGAGCGGGCCUCGAACUCAUGACCUCCUGGUCAGAGUGAUUCAUUGCAGCUGGUUGCAGCUGGCUUGCUCUCCAGCCUGCGCCACAGCCCAGGCCUAUUAUUCCUUUCCUUCUAAUUAGGACUUUAUUUUUCUCUUCUUUUUGUUGUAUCAACCUAGAGGCAUGGACGAUGGGUUGUGUUGUCAAAUCUCAAGGCUGGGGGGCCUGUAGUUCUGUUGGUCGCUGGGAUUCCAUUACUCUUUUAUUUAUAUAGAUUUGAAAGCAGGAUAAACGUCACAAUUAAGACAUCUAUAUCUAUAUAUAUAAAGGAGUGAUGGCAUCACGGCGACCCACAAAACAACAAAACUACAGGCCCCCCAACCUCGAAACCCAACAUACAGCCCAAAAAACUCACAGCAACCCACUGAAAACAUUAUUUAGAUUCAUCAACAAAAAAACACAUUAGUUAAGAGGAUAUUGUCUACAGUCCCAUGUUUUACAAUCAUUCCAGCUGGAUGCAGGUGAAACAUCAGGAGAGAAUGCUGCUGGGACAUGGCCAUACAGCCUGGAAAAGGCACAGCAACCCAAUAUUAAAACUGUUGAGAUCGAAUCAGAAGACCCCAUUCUGCAAUGCAGGAAGACACAAUCAAAGCAUUCCUGACAGGUGGCCAUCCAGCCUUUGUCGAAAAACUUUCUAGAGAAGACUCCAUUACACUACAUUCCCAGGCAGUGGUGUAUUUCGCUGCUGAACAGUGUUUACUUCAGGAUAUUCUUCACAGCGUUUCAGUGGAAUUUCCUGUAGUUUGAAUCCAUUGCUCCACGUCCUACCUCUGGAGCAGCAGAAAAUGAGCUCAGUAUGGCAUCCUUUUAUAGCAGUGGUUCCCAACCUUGGGGCCUCCAGGUUUUUUGGACUUCAGCUCCCACAGUUCCUAACAGCUGGUAAGCUGGCUGGGAUUUCUAGGAGUUGAUGUUCAAAACACUUGAAGGCCCAACGGUUGGGAACCACUGUUUUAAAGGUUGCCUACCCUCAGUGGCGCAGGAAGUUAAACCUCUGAGCUGCUGAACUUGCUGACUGAAAGGUUGGUGGUUCAAAACAAGGGAGCGGGGGUGAGCUCCUGCUGUUAGCCCCAGCUUCUGCCAAACUAGCAGUUCAAAAACAUGCAAAUGUGAGUAGAUCAAUAGGUACUGCUCCAGUGGGAAGGUAAUGGUGCUUCAUGCAGUCAUGCCAAUGGCCACAUGACCUUGGAGGUGUCUAUGGACAACGCCGGCUCUUUGGCUUAGAAAUGGAGAUGAGCACCAAUCCCCAGAGUUGGACACAACUGGACUUAAUGUCAGGGGAAACCUUUACCUUUACUGUUGUGUCCCGCCAGCCGCCUUUUCUCCAAGCUCAACACACCCAGCUCCUUAAGCCGCUCCUCAUAGGGCUUGGCUUUCAUGCCUUUUACCAUUUCGGUCCCCGUUCUAUGGACGUCUUCCGUCUCUUGGAUUCAGUGGCAAGCCAGAGGUUGCAGGUUCAAGCCCUGGCAUCCCCAUUACACCUGUAUCUAUGUAUUUAGGUCAUUUGGAGCACCCAAAAUAUGCUUUUUUGAAGAAGUUCUUUUCAACCCAGGAGGAUGCAGGGAACUCUAGAAGUCAUUUUGGGGAGUCGUGCGACGGUGCAGUUUUAAAACUUUGCAGACUUGAAAGUGGCUUUGUAUAUUUUUGAAAAGGAAAAAAAAGAUGUAAUCCUGAAAUGCUUAAUAAUAAAAAUAAAUAAUACAGGGUCUGUA